AUGCUCAGGAGCUGGCGAGCGUACCUGAAGCGGCUGCCGCUCCCCAGCACUGUGCUUGAUGUUCUCCAGCAGAAGCCUGAGCUUACCCUCACGGCGGCCGACAAACGGGUGUUCUUAAGUCCCAAAGAGGCGCGGAUCACCCCGAGAAAGCGCCAUAACCCCACCGCCACAGCCCCGAUACCACCGCUGGCAAUCAUCAAGGACUUAUGGCUGCCUCUGCUAACCACCACGGGUUCAGUGGACAGUUUCCGACCCGAUACAAACGCGUUAUCGCCGACUAAAUUUCAUAAAGUGGUCAACGCGUUGGUCGACCUGUUUACCACUGACCAGCUCAAACGGUACGCUCAGCAACACUGUACGAUUAAGUCUCGUGACCGCAAACGUGAUAUCGCCGCUAAAAUUGUCUCCGACGCCUGGAAAGUUGAGAAAACUGAAGGUCUCACCAUCGACGAUUUUACCCUGGUUAAACGAGUUAAGCUCGAACCCAUGCAUCUCCAUUUACUUUUAAAGAACCGCAGCAUUGUCCACUACUUGGGGCUCACCGGAGCUAAGCUUAAAUUCGAUCUGGCACUGAGUCUGAUCCAAUUUAGAGGUACUCAGAAACAAGUACAAGACGCUGAAGUUUUACUUAGUCAUACGCUUGCACGUGCUCAUACCCAAACACUUGAAUGGGGUCACUUAGACUCUCAGUGUCGCCUUGAUGAUAUCGCUGCUCAUACCGAUGUUUAUUUCAGUCGCAGUGAUAACGGUUUAAACAUGACCUCAUUCAACCCUAAACAACUCAAACGGGCCGAGAGAUUACUACUAUGGCAACAAUUGCCUCAGCUUUGCCGUUCAUUUAUUCGUCAGGAGGUGGUGGAGCCGUCGUUGUCACUGGCCACUAAUUUGAUCAAAUUACCAUUUCAAGCCGACGCUCUGGCACUGUGGCGCCAGCGAUUCAGAAGGUUAUGGACGUGGGCUAGACCUCAGAAGGCUACCGCAUCACCGUCAUUGUCUCGGCUGAUUGAACGGCUUCUGGGAGCCACUUCCACUGAGCUUAGUCUCGAUGACGUCACUGACGCUAAACACAAUUUAGGAGCAGCUAAUCUUGAACUGGAGGCGGUGAGAGUGGUGGAGAUGCUUUCACCGAGUCCCGCAGUCAGUGUCGACUCCGUGUGGCCCCAGCUAAAGUGUCCGGAACUGCCCGAGGGUUUAGUCACCGUCACUUUAGGUACCGUGGUCUUUGAUGAAGAAAACCAGGCGUUUUUCGAUAGCAAUGCCGCCUUAGCUGCCGAUGCUGCUCUGAGACUACCAUUAUGGCACCAGACUCAUCUUAGUUCAGCGGACAUUAACCAUUUGAUGAAUGAAGAACCGGGUACUCAUCUGAUCCAGCUUACGUUCGUACCGCUGCCGUGGCUUAAGGAAAAGGACCCUUCAAGUUACCCUCCCAUGGUUCUCUCUGCCACGUUAACGGAUAAAAUGACCGUCGAUGUCGCCACCAUUGAUUUAGCCGCUGUUCACGCCGAACACAGUGUGCUUGUCCCCUUACCCGGUGAACGGGCCGAUAUUAAGGUCACCUACCAAAACCCUCAACUGGUGCUUGUGGAAAGCAAUAAUGAGGCAAACGAAGAGCUUACCGAGCCGCUGCUGCUGAUAGAUGAGAUAUUGCACCUGACGAUGGCUCUGGCUCGUCACUUGGCCUCACAACCAGGGAUUGGCCAAUUCUUACUGAAGCUGAAACUCAACUUCUCCCAACCGUUAGAUAUCCAUCCUACACUUGAUAUCACGGUAAACGGUGAGAUUAUCCCUUACCACUACGUGCUGACUGAGCUCAGACGACUGGUAGAGUUUAGCUACCACGACCGCCUCGUACAACACACGUUAGUUGAAGGCGGACGUCUUGGUGGUAGACGCCACGAAAUCACUUUUGCCGGCGACGUUGGCGGCGAUCGAGCCCUGGUACAGGCGCUCUUAGCCGACGCUCACCAAUUCAUCCGCGAGAUGUAG